GGUACAAUUUUAUUAUUUUUCCGAUUCUUAUUCGGUGUGGCUCUUAUCUUGAAAAGACCGUUUUUCACGUUGAACACACCAAUUAUAAAUUUAUAUAUACGAACACUUGUUAUCUUAGCGCGGAGAGAGCUAAUAAAUUUUUUGUAGCGUUUUAAUGGAACUUUUGAGACGAGAAACGAUAUAGCGUCAAGCAUUUUUACAGACGAGGCGAGCUCUUUCUCGUCAGCUUUUUGCAGAUUUCGAAUUAUUCCUUUCUCAAACUCGAGAGAAAAUCACUAGGCACCACCACCGCCAUCACUUCCGUAUUUUUUCCCUAUCGUUGUGUUCGAACCGUUCGAACAACUCGUGCCGUCAGCAGCGUUCCGUCUAGUUCUACUGAAUGGCAGCUUUACGAUCAGCUGUUGAUUACUUUUACAAUGUGGUGCCGCAACUGCCGCAGGCCGCAGCGACAAGACAGAAAGGAGGCGUGAAUGCGGAAACCGAUUAGGAUUCUUCUUUUAACUUGAGAAUUAUCCCAGGAAGACGAAGACUCAAUGUUUUCUUGCCAAAAUUGUGCAAAAACUGAGGAAAUCGUAGUCUCAAUCGAUCGUGUUAUUUCGCAAAUAUCAUUUAUUGUAUACUCGAAGUGCCCGUGACUCGUGUGCGCGAUACGCCUUCUAAGUUCGAAAACUUGGAAGGAUCGAAUUCAAUAUAAGUUGAUUUUUUGGGAACUUCGAUAAAACUCACUUCAAUAAUGAAAUCAUUUUUGUUAAUCGUGAUAUUUCCUAUGAAAAAAUACGUUAAUUAGAGAAGAUAUUAGUUCAAACAAGAAAUAUAGCUCAAUAUGGCUGACAGUGGCGAUGUGCUGGAGGGUUUUUUGUGUCCAAUCUGUAUGACAGAUCUCAAAACACCCCAACAAUUGACAAAACACUUUGAAGAUGUUCACAAUGAGGAUCCUGAGAUUUUAAAAUCUCUCAAAGAUCUGUUUGGGAAAGCCAAACAAAAGAUUUUGAAACAAGACGAGAGUGCAGAAAUCUGUAUUGAUGUGCAGCGGCCCGUAAGAGAACAACGACGCAGUCCUGAGAUUAAUUGGGGACCUCAAGAAAUAGGGCCUAUCGGAAAUCACACUGCUUAUUUCAAAGCCAUUCGAAAUGCCAGGCUAGAAAGAUACUCAACCGAGACUAACAAAUUAUUAAUCAGACUGGAUAAAUUGUUGAAUAACUUACCCAUUGAUCCGGUCGAUAGAAAAGUACAUGAGAAAGCAAUAGUUCCUUGGAUAGACGACAAAGAUGUUCGACUGUGCCCAACGUGUGCAAAAAGUUUUGGCCUUACCAGGAGGAAACAUCACUGUCGUUUAUGUGGGGCGGUCAUGUGUAAUGAUUGUUCAAUGUUUCUAUCCCUAUUUGAUGCUCGAAAAAUGACGAGUCCAGUUUCUCAAGACGAUACUGCCGUCUCUCCAACAGCUCCGGAAUCGCAAUUAUCAACGAAAUUUGUUCGUGCGGGGAUAGGAAUUACGAAAUUUGCACGUUCCCCGUCCAGUGGUAGUUUAAACAGUGUUUUCUCUAUAAUCCAUGAUCCUUCUGGUGUCGACCAAAAUUUCCGAUUGUGCGUACACUGCAAGGAUUUAUUGGAUGCUAGGGAGAGACUUAAAGCUCGACAUUUCAUGAAACCUGUGAUGACGAGGUACUACGAUGAAAUGCGUAAUUCUAUGGAAGAGGCCACGAGAUUCAUGGCUAUGUACAAUAAAAUGUGGGAGUCAAUCAGCGAUGGUGAAACGAUAUACGAUCUACGAGACGCUCAGAUUUUGCGAAUGAAGAUUGCAAAGAUCGGGGAGAACGUGGAUUCAACGAGCAAACGAAUUCUCGCUCUUGGCACCAUGGAUACAGAAAAUUCAUCGAACGGACCACGACCUCAGAAUCCCAGGCUGUAUCACAUGAUUCGUACGACAGCUAUGAUUUUUCUGAAAGAGCAAGUUUUGACUAUUCCUUCUUUGCCUUCCGAAGAGGAAUAUGCGGAAAUCGUUGCGAAACGUGAAGCGAGAAUUCAGGAAAGAAUAGCUUUCGAUAAGCAGCUCGAGAUGGAGGAAUCGCAACGGGAGAAACGGUCGGAACAAAAAACUAAUGGUCGAAGCUCUCAAAGCAGUUCUUUUGCCAAAAACAAUGAGUCAGUAAUGGAAAAAACCGAAGGCUGGGGACCCUCGAAUGCGAAAACUUUGAUUCCUUCAUCUUCAAUGGAUCCGAUAAUCGAGCAAAUGAGUAAUCUUCGGUCGUAUAUAAAACAAGCGAGAGCAGACUGCAAGUACGACGAAGUUGCAAUGCUAGAGAAUAAUUUACGAGAAUUACAGAGUGCCUAUUUCGUGACUAAACAAGACGGCAGCGAUGGUUAAUCGAUAUUGCACAAAAUAUCGCGACUUUGUAAGAACGAUUUAAUCGCCAUUGAAACCAACUGAAAAUCCAUUUUUCAUACCGACUACAUAUGCACUAAUACAAUAUAAUUCAGUCAAAAUGCUAUUGAUAUUUAAGAAAUAGUUUUGUUACAAUUUUAUCAACAGUCUAUAGUCAAUGAAGAGUACGCGGGGUUCGUAGACCCUUAACAAAAUGAAAAAUACUGCUAUGUGAUACUGUAUAUACAUAAGAUAUGCAAAAAGAUUUUACGUACUGAAAACA